AUGGAGUCUUUUGAAGGACCUAGUCGGGUUAGCAAGGCUAACUUAUUAGAAGUCCCCACUGUAAACGAUUACUUUUCUGAAGAUGAAGAUGUUAAACCUGACAUUAAACACCGUUUCUCUCCACUUCCCCGAAGGCGGAAUUCUGCUUCUUCAGAGGAAGAGGAGGCAGAUGCUCCUACCACCAUUGCAAGAAAGGUUUCAUUUGCUGAUGCAUUUGGGUUUGAUCUUGUGUCUGUUAAAGAGUUUGAUAGCUGGGAAAUUCCAAACGUAGCACAAAACAAUGACUUAGAAGACGACGCUUUCACUCAAGAGGAAUUUUUUUUAACUCAGCUAUUUACAUUACCUACUUCCCAAGAAGAAGUUUUGCAAAAAGUGCGAGAACAUAAAGUACUGUUGGAGUCAAUUGUGUUCCUGCCUGGGAUUACCUGUAUGAACGGCAUUAUACGAGUCCUCAAUGUGUCUUUUGAAAAAAUGGUGUAUGUUCGAAUGACACUGGAUGACUGGGCCAGUUACUACGAUAUCCUAGCAGAGUUCAUGCCUAAUUCUUGUGGCAGUGAAACUGACCAGUUCUGCUUUAAGAUUUCUUUGGUGCCUCCUUAUCAGAGAGAUGGAGCCAAAGUGGAAUUCUGUAUACGAUAUGAAACAUCGAUUGGUACCUUCUGGGCAAACAACGACGACAAAAACUACACACUGAUUUGUCACAAGAAAGAAACUGUGCCCAAGGUGGAUGAUAAACCACACAAAGAAAGUGCUGAUAGACAUCUUAAAGGCUGCUUAAAGACGGCACCAAGCAGCAAAGAAGAAAUAUUGGAAACAUCAGAUGGUGACAUAUGGAAUAAUUCAAGGACUUCAGAUGCAAACAUCCCAGAGAUUGUUUGUUCACAAGCAGAAGACAAAGAGAAUGCACCAGCUGAUGAAAAUAUAAAAGAUAAAAAUGCAGAAUACAACCAGGGUGAUCACGAAGAUGAUGAAAAAGAAUUAGAGUUGCUGCUAAAUCAGCACUUCACAGGAGCUAAAGGUACCUCUUCCAGAGAUGAAAGGAAUUUAGACACAACAGAACCAGUUAAUUUUCCAAGUGAAACUGUAAGACUGGAGAAAAAUCUAACCCAUGUAGAAAGAAGCAGUGACUUGCUGAGGCACCCAGUGCCUAUCAGUUCCUUAUCUGAAAAUACUUCACAAGUGAUAGGAGAAGAAUUAAAAGGCAAUGCUAAGUAUUCCAUAGGAGGUUAUAAUAGUCACCCAUCAGAAAAGGAAGACUCUGCUGGCUCAGCAAGCAGCAGCAAACAGUCUUGGGAUUCUACUGGUAUCAGUGAAACCUUUUCAUCGGCAAAAUACUUCCCUGGAACAAAGCAGAAUGAGGCUAUCAAUACUGCGGCUACUGUCUCAAGCCGACAAGGAGAGAGCCACAAAGAUAUUACAAGAGGUGAAGCAGAUAGUGCCUCAGGAAGUAAGAUGAUGGAGAGGUUAUUCAUCAGUGAGGAUGAUACCUCGAAAGAGGCCUGUGAAAUGAGACCAGCAGCCAUUUCUUCAGUGCAUGAUGAAUCCUUGCAAUUAAAAGCAUGCAUAACAGGAACGCUGGAUGGCAAUGCUAAUCCAGCUCCAGAGCACCAAGUGCCAAAAAUAUCUCACCAAACUCUGGAUUCAUUGUCAUCAGCUGCUGACAAAAACGAAGGAAAAAUUGAGAUGAUUGAAAGCAAAGUUCAGGCACAUUUAAAAGGAGAUUUACAUACCGACACUUUUGCAUACACUGAUGUCUCAAUGGAUUCCACAAAAAGCCAAUGUACACACAAAAAAGGAGUUUGUGAAUUGUCAGAAAAGAAUUAUAACACUGAUACAGAGAAGGAGAAAAGAGUCAUUGAAAUAGCAGAUUUAGCACUAAUUGGAGAGGAAGAAGCACCCGAGCCUUUCAAGUUUCACAGAAAACAUGCCUUCAGCGCAUCGUUCCUGCCAGAUGAAGACAGCAAGUACAGAGCCAGGCCUGCACAAGCAGGACCUGGGGCUUACUUGCCAGAGAAUGAAAGCAGAGCUGAAGAUGCUCAGGAACACAGAGGAUUCACAAGGUUAAAAGACAGAGGAAAGACAGAGAAUGGAAAUAAAGGAGGACUGACGGGGACAGAAAGUGAAGAAAACGCCACUGGACAGGCAUGGAAGCGAGCAGAUAGUGGGGUGCGGUGGGCAGCAGGGAGUGAUGCAGGGGCUCAGAGCUCAUGUACCCAAGAGUUAUUUACUUGCCAAGAGGCAGAAAGCUGUGAAAAGUCUCCUGUCUCCGAGCACAGUAUUAAAGGGAAAGCAGAAGCAGGUACAGCUUAUAUAAUUAAAACAACAUCAGAAAGUGCUCUGGAAAAAAUGUCUGCCAGUGAAAAAGCAGUAAUUGCUAAGCUACCUCAAGAGAUUGCACUAAGUGACAGGCCCACAGAGGAAAAGGAAACAGCGUUUGAUACACAUGAAGGGAGAAAUGAUGGUUCACAUUAUGCUCUUUGUCAACUCAACACAGUGGGUGUAUUAUAUGACACCGAAUUUGAAAAGGAAUCAGUUUUAGAUAUUUAUAAUGCACGUGUACAUGAAACACUGCAAGGAGAAACGAUGUCUGUAUGCAAUAGCAGGGAAAAAUGUGCCAAAGCAAAACCAGACAUUGGAGAUAUUCUGCCUGCAGAAGGAGCUGUGAAAGCUUCUUCUGCAGAAAAGAAAGAAGGCUUGGGGCAAGGCUUACAUUCAGAAGAAGUAUCUAAAUAUUCCCAAAGUGCCCAGAAGCAUCGCUACAGUGAAGAAUUGGCAGAGCUCUAUAGCGAAGAGAGCUACCUUGGAACACCUUCCUAUUUGCAUGCCAAAACUCAAACAAAAACACCAACUUCUGGUACAAACACUAUGCCCAGUUACCACUAUAAAAGCCCUCCACUGUCGUCUUCCACAGCAGACAUGGACCAUCCAUAUAUUCACUCUGAAUUCAAAGUCAUUGAAAAGGUUGUUGCCGAGUCAGGAUAUGAUUUAAGUCUCCCAAAUGAAAUGAAACAUAUUAAUAAAUGCCUCUUUCCUGAAGCUGAAAGAAAAGAAGUACCUUCCACUUCAGACACAACCGUUGCUAGAGAAGAUAGAGGAAGCAAUAUAGGUCAAUGUUUCCAUCAAGCAGAGUUCAAGCAAGAGAAGUCAUUGAGGCCAGAAAUUUCAAUUAGCAAGGCUACCAAAGAAGUUGCUGGGAGAGGCUCUGAUUCUCACCAUUUAAUAACUGAGGGGAAAACACUAAAUUGGCUUGAUGACUCGCAGAAUGAAAAACAGAACAUUUCUCAUUCUGCAGAUAUGUCUGACCAGAAUAGUGAAGAACAGAUGCUGUCUAGUGAGACUCCAGGUUUAAAAGAGAUUGGUUGCAAAAUCUUUUGUUUCUUCUUCUUUCUUGUGUUUGCUGCAACACUUUACCACUAUGAUUUGAUGGUUUGUCUUGCACUCUACCUGUUCUCCUUGUACUGGCUCUACUGGGAAGGAAGAAGAAGCAAAGAGUCUGUCAAGAAGGAAUAA